UACAUCACUGCCUACUAUAUGGGUUUCACUGUUCAAAUAAAUGUGUAACUAGAUACGUAACUAGAAUACGGUGCAUUUUCAAACUUACAUUAAUUUUAUCGAAAACAAGCUGUGGAACAAAAAAAAUCUUUUUUUUCAUCUUACAUUUGCGUAUAAAAUAAAUUUUUAACCAGUUGAAUCAUCCUCCGUUUUAUAUACUAAACUUUAGUAAAUACAUUAUGUAGACCCUGGACUCGCAAAAUAUGCGCGGGAACAGUACAUUGAAAUAACCAUAAAAAGCUAUAAAAUGGCACAACGUAGUAUAACAUCGAAUAUAUUUAAUAAUACUUAUCCUGUGGUAUUUUUAAAUAAACGAUCUCAAUUGAAUAAUGCUUUUUUUCCAAUUGUAAACUAUGUUGUUAAUCGGAUGUUCGCCAACAGCAAAAUUGUAAAGAAUGAAGAACAGAAUCCAGGAAAUACUAAACGAAAAAGAGACAGUAUUGAAGAUAAAGAAACUACCAGGAACACGAAAAAUUAAGCUAUCACCCAUUAAAACAACUGGGGAAAAUGAAAAGAGAAAAGCUGAAACUCCACUUAGUGCUUCUAAAAAAAAGAAGAAACUUGAUAAAACUAAAAAUACUCCUAAAAAAAGCAAUGCAAAGAAGGAAUUGAAAGAUAAGUUAAAUAAUGAAGAGCAGAAGGAAAAUGAGUUGAUUGUAGAAAAGAAGACAGACUCAAAUUUUGAAGCAUCAAAAUUUUCACCUGAAGUAGCCAAAAGUAAAAAGGAUAUUAAAAAUAAUGAAAAGAAGGUUGUAAAAAAGAGAUUAAGAAUAAUAGCACCUAUUGACUCUAGUGAUGAAGAAGAAACUAUUCCAUUAACAGAGAGUCCUAAAAAAGCAAGUGUCGAUGAGGGAAAAGAAAGUCCAGAAAAGAAAGUUGAUGAAACAGAAAUAUCUGAUGAGAAUGUUUCAGAUGAUAAAAAAAGUAGUGAAGAAGAGAAUAAGAAAGAAGACGAUAUGGAAAAGUCUGCGAAAAAGAUACAUAAUUUUUUUGGUAUGGAACAUCAAUCUAUCACUCCAAAGGAGAAAGAAGACAUAAAGAAUAUUGAUAAAGAUAAAAAAAAGUCCUCCAGUCACUCUUAUAAUCCAAGUGUUUCAAAAUAUAAUCCAAUAAAUGAUGCAUUUUGGAAACAAGGUGAACGGGUGCCGUAUAUUGCAUUAACACGUACAUUGGAACUAAUUGAAGAAAUAAGCGCUCGAUUAAAAAUAAUAGAAAUUUUAUCGAAUUAUUUCCGAUCUGUUAUCAUUUUAAGCCCAGAUGACUUACUUCCUAGCAUAUAUUUGUGUCUCAAUCAAUUAGCUCCUGCUUAUGAAGGUAUCGAAUUAGGUGUGGCAGAAACAAAUUUAAUGAAAGCUAUAGCACAAUGCACUGGUAGAACUCUAGCUCAGAUUAAAGCAGAUGUCCAAACAGUUGGUGAUUUGGGUAUUGUGGCAGAAGGAAGUCGUUCCAAUCAAAGAACUAUGUUUCAACCUGCUCCACUAACAGUAUCAAAUGUAUAUACUAAACUGAAAGAGAUCGCGCAAAUGACUGGUUCCGCGUCUUUAACUAGAAAAUUGGAUAAAAUUCAGUCGCUUUUUGUAGCAUGUCGUUUUACUGAAGCCAGAUAUUUGAUUCGGUCCUUGGCCGGUAAACUUCGAAUUGGUUUAGCGGAACAAUCUGUGUUACAAGCUAUAGCAUUAGCGUGUACUAUGACACCACCAAAGCAAAGCUAUCCACCAGAAAUUUUAGAUAUGAGUAAGAAAAUGUCAAGCGAUGCUUUUAAACAAAACGAAUGUCCGAAUUAUGAUAAGAUAAUUCCCGUUCUACUAAAAGAUGGAAUUGAAGAAUUACCAAAAAAAUGUAAAAUUACACCGGGAAUACCUAUGAAACCAAUGUUAGCGCAUCCUACCAAAGGUGUGCAAGAAGUAUUAACGCGUUUCGAUGGACUGAAGUUCACUUGCGAGUGGAAAUACGAUGGAGAAAGAGCACAGAUUCAUUUUGCUGAGGAUGGCAAAAUUAGUAUCUAUAGUAGGAAUCAAGAAAAUAAUACCAGCAAAUAUCCUGAUAUCGUAGGACGAUUUAAAAAUACCAAAAGUGACGAAGUUGAGAGUUGUAUUCUCGAUUGCGAAGCAGUCGCUUGGGAUAAUGAGAACAAACAAAUUCUAUCUUUUCAAGUACUUAGUACCAGAAAACGCAAGGAUGCGAACGAAACAAAUAUUAAAGUUCAAGUGUGUGUGUUCAUGUUUGAUUUACUAUACUUGAAUGGAGAAUCACUAGUGCAACAACCUUUUAUAAAACGUCGUGAAUUAUUGAGAAAGAAUUUCAAGGAAGUAACUGGAGAAUGGAAAUUCGCGACUAAUUUAGACACUUCGACUAUGGAACAAGUUCAAGAUUUCUUAGAUGAAUCGGUCAAAGGCAAUUGCGAGGGUCUUAUGGUGAAGACCUUAGAAAAAGAUGCAACAUACGAGAUUGCUAAACGCUCUCGGAAUUGGUUAAAAUUGAAGAAAGAUUAUUUAGAUGGUGCGGGUGACACGUUAGAUGUAGUUGUCAUCGGUGGUUAUAUAGGAAAAGGGAAAAGAACCGGAACUUAUGGAGGAUUUCUUUUGGCUUGUUAUGAUCAAGAGAAUGAAGAAUAUCAGAGUAUCUGUAAAAUCGGUACUGGAUUCAGUGAAGAAGACCUUCAAAAGCAUACCGAGUUCUUUAAAGAACAUAUAAUAUCACAAACUAAGUCCUACUACCGUUACGACUCAUCUCUAGAACCUGAUCAUUGGUUUGAAGCAGUUCAAGUCUGGGAAAUCAAAUGUGCAGAUCUCUCUUUGUCACCUGUUCAUAAAGCAGCUGUUGGUACUGUUGAUCCAGAGAAAGGGAUAUCAUUACGAUUUCCACGGUUUAUUCGUAUUCGUGAUGAUAAAAACAGCGAGGAUGCUACAUCAGCGCAACAAGUUGCGAAUAUGUACAACAGUCAAGAGCAGAUAAAAAAUCAAGCAUCAUCGACGAAAGUAGCUGAAGAAGACUUUUAUUAAAUUUAAUGCUCUAUCAUAGUAUUUGAAUUGUUUUAUGCUAUACGUAUCAAAACUCAAUUGAAAUAUUUUGUAUGUUAAUAGAUAAUAUUCUUCUCACAAUAUAUAUUUUAUUACUUGCAUGACAGACAUAGAUAUUACUUACAUGACAGACAUAGAUAUUUUAUUAUUUACAUGUCAGACUUAGAUAUUACAUUCAAUAAAAUCAAUUUGUUAUACUAGUAGUCUUUAAUUUUCUAAUACAAAAUUUUCAACUCCGUGAGAGAGUAGAAGAUUUUGUAGACUAUAGUGUUAAAGUUUCUUUAUAUUUUGUCGCAAAUAUGCCUCGCAGUCCUUUCUUCAGAUCGGACAUUUUUUGGAUUGGAAACAUAACUCGGAUUGGUUCGCUUAUAUUUUGGAAAAUAGUAUAACUAGCCUGCACUAAUUGGUAAAAUCCUUUUUAUUCAUUUCAAUUCCAUUGAAUUGGAUUUCUAACCUUGAUUUCAAAAAUCAACCAAAGAUGAUGUCGGAAUCGAUGCGUCGAAGGUUAUUUUAUAAUACAAUAAUGUCACAAUGCUUCUCAUCGGAUGGUAGUUGCUUGGUAGCUGGAAGUCUUUACGGAGAUGUUGCAGUUUUCGAAAUAUCGAAAAUAUUAAGACCGCUAAGAACUGAAAAUGAAUUACGACGCCCUAGUUAUCACAUUGAAGCUCAUUCAGAUUCUCACGUGGAUAGUAUGGUAUCUACAGAAAACUUUUUAGUAACAGGAUCAGUAGGAGAAAUAUGUGGAUGGGAUUGGAAGUCAGUUAUCACGGGCAAAGCUGAAAAAAAUAAAGUUUCAUGGACUAUAAGAGUACCAGCUGAGAAUGAUAGUUAUGAGGGAGCGUGUGUAUUUUCCCUUAUGCACUGCAAGGUAAAUAAUCUCUUGUACGCUGGUUGUAAUGAUGGUAAGAUUUAUGUAUUCAGCCUAGAAGAUGGUAAAGUAGUAACCACUAUGGAAGGACAUACCAGAUUCAUUCAUGAUUUAUCGCUGUUGGAUUGCGGGACUCAAUUAGCUUCGUGUAGUGAAGAUGGAACAGUAAGACUAUGGGAUCUAAGAAAGAAAGAGAAUACCAACGUAUUAACACCUAAUUUGGUAGACAAUCUUCAUAGACCAAGAUUAGGGAAAUGGAUAGGUGCGGUGGAUUUUACUGAGGAUUGGCUGUUAUGCGGCGGUGGGCCAAAGUUAUCAUUGUGGCAUAUGCGUACAAUGCAACCAGCUACUGUAUUUGAUCUUCCGGAUAAAGGUGUUCAUGUGGCAAAGAUCUAUGAAGAACGUAUUAUAGCCGCAGGACUUGCGCCCCACGUUUAUCAUCUCACUUAUCAAGGAGAGAUGUUAUCUAGUAUACCAACGUCCAGCGACACUAUAUACACUGUUGUUUAUCAAGAAACUCCACAAAAACUGUUUAGCAUAGGUGGUGCAUCAAACUUCCUUGAUAUUUGUACGAACUGUAAUUACCGUGAAUUAACGUUGCAAUUUGCUCCGUAGAAUAAUAGUAAAUAAUAAGAAUAAUAGUAAAUAAUAACUAGUAAAUAAUAAUAGUAAUAAUAACCAUAAGUAUAUAUUUUCAUAUAUUUACGUAUUUAUAUAUCUUUUUAUUUUAUAUAUGGAUUUGUAUAUAUUUUUAAUAAAUAUAUUAACAUAAUGUGCAUUUUA